AUGGCUUCUUCAGCUCCUAUUCGACUUCGACGAUGUUCCCUUCCUGUUAGAUUGAAAGGCACGACAUCCCUUCCUUUCAGAUCGGAAGGCGCGACAUCCGUUUCACAAUUAUGGGAGCUUGCUCACUAUGAAGGAGAGCAAAGCGUGAGAUGGAUCGCAACAUGCUACUCAAAACGAGAGGAUUUAGAUGCAGCUAAUCGAGAGCUCGACAUGGAGGAGCUACAGAUCGAGGAGUUCAACUGGAUUGCACUCUCUUUGGCCGGCACCCGGCGUGGCUCUGCCGAACUUCUUCCCCCAAAUUCAAGCGGCCACGCUUCAUUUACCGUACUAAUCCAAGAUGGAACGAUCAAGAAGCUGCGGAAGCCCUAUACCAUUACCAAGUCCAGAGAUAGGUGGUCGGAUGAGGAGCAUGAGCGCUUCCUCGACGCACUACUUUUGUUUGGUCGAGAAUGGAAGAAAAUUGAAGAUUUUGUUGGCACAAAGACAGUGAUACAGAUCCGCAGUCAUGCUCAAAAAUACUUCUUGAAGGUUCAGAAGAAUGGGAUAAUGGCACAUGUACCCCCGGCCCGUCCAAAAAGAAAUUCUACUCAUCCAUAUCCAAAGAAACCUGAUGAUGAUCCAACAACUCUGCAGCUGCAGUCAUCUAUGAUCUUCCCAUCUGCAUCCACUGGUCUUAUUGUUUCGUCUUCCAGUUGGGAUGAUCCAUCUUUCCUGAGGGAUUACACCUCCAAUGAUGCAAUGUCCUCUUCAAAUUACUACAAUGCCCUCUGUGGAGUUGAAUGUGAUAAUGGAACACUGGGCUUGACAAAUAUCUAUAACCACAAUGUUAGUUGGACUGGCAGUUCAAGCACAUCACAGGUUACUUCUGAAGCACCAGAGCAAGGGAGUCGACAAUCAUUUCAUGCUGCCAUUCCAGAGUUUUCUAAGGUUUACAACUUCAUUGGUACUUUGAUUGACCCUGAUAUCAAUAGCACAAUGGGAAUGUAUUUGCAAAAGCUUAAGGAGAUGGAUCCAAUCACUGCAAAAACUGUUUUAAUAUUGGUGAAAAAUUUGAUCAUCAAUUUGUCUACCCCUGAGUUUGAUCCAUUGAUAAACUGGCUGUCAACUUAUGAUCCUGAGACAAAAACAAUUGGAUCAGCAAUGGAGACUUCUGCACUUACCAACGUGAUGUAUCCUCCAUAUCAGGUUCCACAUGAUGCUCACUACUUACCACCACCUUAAAUGUUUUUUAGUCUGUGUAUUCUUAUUAAAGAUUUCUGCAAUAAAUCUGUAACGCAACUGAAGAUGCAUCUACUUUGAAUUGGGGUUUUGCUUCAUCUAUUUGCAAUUAUUAAGCUGAAACACAUCUUAAUUUGUAAGAUAAUAUCAUGCCACCACCUUAGCAUUUAUAAUAUUCAUGUAAUUCAAUAUUUUUUCAAUAAAUCUGUAAUACUAUUGAAGAUUUCUUUGCUUUGAA